AUGUCCGGUCUGGUGAUUGGAAUCUUGACCACAAUGAUGUCUUUAUCGGUCUUGGAAGGAGUGGCCUGGACAGACAUCUUGGCCAACAGCUUGCAAACCUCCUCUGGGGAGAGCUGGAGUCCAAGACACGAGUUGAUGUACGGAACCUCGCAAUCCAGAGUUCUCUCUGUCAAAUUAGGACAUAGUCGCGACUCACCGUUGUGA